GAGCUUUCAUACUUCAGACUCCAUAAACCCUCAAUCUAUCCCCUUUUUUUUAUCUGGAAAACCCUAGCUCUUCACCUGAAAUUCCUCGUGUUACGAUCGCCAUUACUGAAGUAAGCUUCACGCGGUGGUGCAGUCAUGGCUGGUGGAUCAGAUGCGGCGGAGACUACAUCUUUAUCGUGUGCUAAAUGCGGAAAACCUGCUCAUCUCCAGUGCCCGAAAUGUGUUGAGCUAAAGCUCCCCCGGGAAGGUGCUGCUUUCUGUUCUCAAGAAUGUUUCAAGGAAUCUUGGAGUUCUCAUAAAUCUGUGCAUGUGAAGGCAAAGAUUUCAUCCUCCCCACCUGAAAACCCUGGGGAGCAAAAUUCAGGCUCGCCCAAUGAUGGUUGGCUCUACUGCUUGAGGAAAGGGCAGGCUCGGACGCCCAAUCUUCCACAUUUUGACUGGACUGGAUCAUUAAGGCCAUAUCCAAUAUCAAAAAGACGGCCAGUGCCUCACCACAUUGAACUACCUGACUGGGCAAUUGAUGGAACACCUAAAAUUGAGCCGAACAGUGAUCUGCAACGUGUUGUUGAGAUCAAGACUCCAGAUCAAAUUGCAAGAAUGCGCGAAACUUGCCGAAUAGCUAGGGAAGUUUUGGAUGCUGCUGCUCGUGUCAUACGACCUGGGAUUACUACUGAUGAAAUUGAUGCUGUGGUCCACGAUGCAACAAUUGCUGCUGGAGGAUAUCCAUCUCCAUUAAAUUACUAUUUUUUCCCAAAGUCUUGCUGCACAUCAGUAAAUGAGGUGAUUUGCCAUGGAAUUCCAGAUGCAAGGAAAUUAGAGGAUGGGGACAUUGUAAAUGUUGAUGUUACUGUGUACUAUAAAGGCGUACAUGGUGACUUAAAUGAAACAUUCUUCGUUGGCAAUGUUGAUGAGGCAUCUAAACGCCUUGUUCAAGGCACAUAUGAAUGCUUGGAGAAAGCAAUAGCAGCUGUUAAACCUGGAGUUCGUUUCCGAGAAAUUGGGGAGAUUAUAAAUCGACAUGCUUCCAUGUCCGGUUUAUCUGUGGUGAGAUCUUACUGUGGUCAUGGUAUUGGUGAGCUGUUCCAUUGUGCUCCGAAUAUACCACAUUAUGCCAGUGACGGAUACAGGAGUCGAGGUUCUCACUGCUCGACUGCCCACAUCGCCAAAUGUGUUUCCAUGGAUGAGUUCUUAACUGCCGAUCCUUUUACUUUAUUAUGAAUUUUCAAGAUUAUUUUCCAAGUACCUAAGUUAAAAGAGUGUUGUUCUUGUUUAACCUGUUUGGAAUGGAAAGUGUUGUAAUUUUAUUUUAUUUUUUUCUUUUUUUAAUUACCAAAUUUUGUCCUCGGACAUUAGGACUUGUGUGAGAAAAAUUAUUUGUCCUUUUUAUUCGGUGAUUGGAAAAUGGAAAUUGUCGCUUUUUU